AGAGAGAGAGAGAGAGAGAGAUGGGAUCAGAAGAACGUUAUGAUAUUGUGAUUGUGGGUGGUGGGAUUGUUGGACUCGCCACUGCUCUUGCUCUUCACAGGAAGGGAGUGCAAUCCCUUGUGUUGGAAAAAUCUGACAGCCUAAGAUCUGCCGGGUCGGGGAUUGGUGUCUUCAUCAAUGGCUGGCGUGCUCUUGACCAACUUGGCGUCAGCACGCAGCUUCAAAUGAAAUCAAUACCUAUCUCAGAGGUGCACGACGGAUUAAUUAACCGGUCCAGGAUACGAGUAACACCGUGCAGGAAUGAAGCUCUCCGAUGCUUGAAAAGGAGUGAUCUUGUCGAAGCCAUUGCUAAUGGCUUGCCAGCCAAAGCCAAAUCAGUUCGUUUUGGAUGCCAAGUUGUAGCUGUUGGGAGAGAUCCGCUGACAUCUUUUCCCGUUGUACAUCUUGACGAUGGAACAAACAUCAAAGCUAAGGUCCUCAUUGGUUGUGAUGGAUCAAAUUCAGUGGUCGCGAAAUCACUAGGUCUCGAGGCCCCAAGGCUCUUCCAAAUGAAUGCAGUACGAGGUUUAACAAAUUAUCCAAAUGGCCACAUAUACGGCAACACUGGUUUUCGGCUUAUUGGAGAUCAACUUAUAUUUGGGAGAAUUCCUAUUGAUGACAAGUUGGUUUUUUGGUUCGUUGCUUGGAGAGACCACUCUACAGAUUCAGAAGUUGAAAAGAUUCCUGAAAACAUCCGGGACCUCAGUCUAGAGCUUCUAAAGGAGUUCCCUACAAAAGUGAUUGAAAUGGUGAAAGAUUGCGAUCUUGAUUCACUAAGCUUUACACACAUCAGACACCGAGCUCCCUGGAACUUUCUUUUGCAAAACCUUUAUAGAGGCACAAUGACAGUUGCCGGUGACGCAAUGCACGUGAUGGGUCCAUUUCUUGCUCAAGGUGGUUCUUCUGGCCUUGAGGAUGCGAUCGUGCUAGGGAGAUGCUUGUCUCGUGAGCUACAAUUAGGUUCGAAGAACGAAAUUGAUGACGAUGAGUUCAAGAAGAGAUCUGAAGUCGCACUUAAAAGCUACGUGAAGGAAAGAAGGCUUAGGGUAUUGAGGUUGUCGAUUCAGUCGUAUAUUGUAGGCUCGAUCGUAGCUACCUCCUCUUGGGGUAAGAGAUUUUUGUGUAUUGUCAUCUUGGUUACUUUUUUUGGUGGCAUGUCUCUCAGCCACACCCGCUACAAUUGUGGCCCUCUCUAAGAGGAAACAAAAAUGUUGUGUUCUUUGGCUUUGUGUUGUUCUUUCCUACGUACAUGAUGUGUUGAAACUUAAA